UAAUUAAUUAUUAAUAAAAAAUUAAAAAAUGUCAGUCCACGAUAAAAUGUAAUCCGACUACAUAUGGAUUAAAAACCAUUCUUCUGCUGAUUUAAAUGCAAAAGCAAGAACUCACGGAUAUCAUUAUUUGCCUGGAUCCAUCCCAAAUAAAACCGAAAGAUAUGAAAUGAUAUGGAGAAGUAUGGGUAAAGCUCAUGAUUGGGAAUUAGAAAAAUUCAGAUUAGGAAAAAAACCAGUCGACAAAGGAAAUAAAAGAAGAUUCUUCAAAAAUUUAUUUAGAUUUUGGAAAAAUCCUGUUGGAUAUUUCUACUGGAAAACUUAUAAAGCAAGAAAAGUAAAUCCAGGUGCUAUUGUAAUUAUGAUGUUUAUUGGUUUUACAUUUAACUUUUUGAAAUUGAAAUUUAUUUCAAUGGGAUACGCUUAAAAAUAAGCCACUAUGUUACAAAAUGGAUAAAACAUUUAAGGAAGCGGUUAAUCUCAUUUCGGAUAUCAUAAUUAAUUAUGGGGUACUCCUGCUAUUCCUAUGUUCUAAUUUAUGUAUUAUGAACUUCCCGGAAAUAUGAUUAUUGUCAAUCCUUGCAGAAACUAAGUCUUCAGAAAAUACUUUGAAAUGAGAAAGAAAUUAGGAUUACAUUAAGAUGAAUGAGAUUAUUAUCAUUAUUAUUUUAUUAGAACAAAAACAAAUAUUUUUUUUGUAG